CAAACAGCUGCUGCGAUCGGUCACCGCCUCACCGGCGUGUAGACACUAACACUUCUUUUGCUGUUAUUAGUUAUAUAUCAUUGUAUCAUAACUUGAACUGCAAAGUUUUAAAUUCGCCAACUAUGAAUAAAACAAUACUUUUUGUAUUUUUAAUUUGCUUUACUGUUAGUAUUGCUAAGAAGCCCAAAGAUGAGGAAAAGCCAGACUGGGCCAAAAAGGACAUUAGAGAUUUCUCUGACGCGGACAUGGAAAGACUUUUUGAUCAGUGGGAAGAAGAUGAAGAUCCCUUGCCUGACGAUGAAUUACCAGAACAUCUUCGCAAGCCUCCAUCGAUAGAUUUUACCAAAUUGGAUAUGUCUGAUCCUGGUAAAGUCUUGGAACAGACGAAGAAAGGACAAACUCUCAUGAUGUUUGUGUCUGUAGCCAACAAGCCAUCUAGAGCUAGAACUGAGGAGAUAACUAAGAUAUGGCAGACUAGUCUGUGGAGUAACCAUAUUCAGGUGGAAAGAUACCUUGUAGAUGAUGACAGAGCCAUAUUUAUGUUCAAAGAUGGAUCACAGGCAUGGACUGCUAAAGAAUUUCUUUUAGAGCAGGAAGAGUUGAAAGAAGUCCAGCUAGAAAGUCAAACAUACCCAGGCAAGAAGCCUGACAUCAAAAAUAAGUCUGUCCGUGAUGAAUUAUAAUAUUGAACCAAAAGUUGUAAAUAGCAUAAUAAAGUUGUGCAUAUUUUUACUCAGUCAUAAGUGUAACAGAUACACUAUCUCAAAUGAAAUGCUAUUUAUAAAACAAAAUAUAGAGCUGAUAAAUCUCA